CCCAAACCAUCUUUUGUUCGCACAACUCGGCCCAUCUUCAUGGCUAAAAGAGUCCGCUCGGAUUCCGUCAGUUCAGCUACGUCGCCAUCCUGGACAAUAUUCACCCGUCCGGUUGAUCAGGAAGACACGGUCAGCCAAGACCUAUCCUCUAAAUCUAGCUACUCCAAGCAUGUCUGUCUCGAUCCGCUUAGCAGUGAGCAGACACCUUCAAUCAGCUGUUUUCUUCCACCAGGUUGCUCAGGGGAACCCUUCGCUUCUCACGAACAGUUUGAAACCCAUUACAUUCAAGCUCAUUCAAACCGCUGUCAUGAAUGCGGUCGGAAUUUUCCGUCUCUGAGGUUUUUGGAUCUGCAUAUCGCUGAGAACCAUGAUCCACUAACGGAGCUUAAGCGUGAGCGUGGUGACAAGACCUAUGCGUGCUUUGUAGAAGGGUGUAGUAGGUUAUGUAGCUCCCCGCAAAAGAGACGAAUGCAUUUGAUCGAUAAACAUCAUUUCCCAAAGGAAUACAACUGGAAUAUCGUUAAAUGGGGCAUAGACCAAUGCACUUCCCUUCUUUCUCGAAAACGCUCGCUACCUCAAACCUUCACAGAAGGGGAAACUCUGACUGCUGGAGGGAGGGAUAGGUUUCGUUCUGCCAAUGUCCAUAAGGGGGAGACGAAAAGGCCGCCAAAAGCUAAUGGCAAGCCAGUAGCGGCGACUGGAGCUACCGUUGAUGAGACAUAUCAGCAAGUGCAGAAAGGAGAAGGUUCAAAAAAUAUUCAAAAAGCGAAAAACGAGGAGAUAGACAUGGAUGACAUUGCAUUCACAAUGUCAAGUUUAAAAAUUGUCCCUACAAGCAUCAGGUUUGGCAGGCGAGGCGGGGGGCACAGAAGGUGAGGGAGUAUCUUCAGCUUUCCUUCCUUUAGGGCAUCAUAUCCCAAUUUUGGGAACUGGGUUUGUUCUCUCGUAGUUGGUUUCAUCAGUACUACCAAUUGUCUUUUUUCUCCUCGCAGAGUAUGGCGGCGUCCAGUUUUUCUGGAGUUGGUGUUUGUGG